GAAAUGGUAGUGUGGUGCAUUCUUACGCUUGGUGAAAUCUUCGAGCAUAAUCAGAAUUUCAAAAGACAAAAAAGAAAUAGUUUAAAUUAUUAAAGAUUCCGAUGUGCCAAGCCAUUAAAGAGACUUUAUGCAAUGUUCUCUAAUUCGUCUUCUGAGUGAUAAUGGCACCAAGACGAGUUGAAGAAAUACCUGUUAAAAGAGUAGCAGCUUUAGGUUGCAAAUUACCAGAUCGAUUGCCAGCUGGAGUAAUAUUAACAGAUAUUACUCAAAACAAAUGGAAGUUAGGACAUGCAAUAGGAUAUGGUGGAUUUGGUGAUAUAUACUUAGCAUCAAAUGACAUUAAUGCUCCAAUUGAACAAGAUGCAAAGUAUGUGAUAAAAAUCGAACCACAUAACAAUGGUCCAUUAUUUGUUGAAAUGAAUUUUUAUAUCAGAGCAGCUCGUAAACAUAUGAUUGAUAGCUGGUGCAAAUCACAAGGAAAAAGACGAAUAGGUGUUCCAACAUAUGAGGGAUCUGGUUCUUAUAUGUACCAAGGUCAAAAGUAUAGAUUUUUAGUAAUUCCAAGAUAUGGCAUUGAUAUUGGAAAAUUGUUUAUAUCAAACGGGAGAAAAUUACCAGUCAAACUUGUUAACAGGCUAGCUGUUCAAAUGUUGGAUGCACUUGAAUAUAUUCACAGUCAAGGAUAUGCUCAUGCAGAUGUUAAAGGAUCAAAUAUUCUAUUGUCUUUAAGUACAGAAGAUAUAACAACAAGAAAAUUUCAAGCUUAUUUAGUUGAUUACGGAUUGGCUUAUCGUUUUCGUACAAGUACAGGUGUACAUAAAUCAUUUGUUCAUGAUGAAAGAAGAGCUCAUGAAGGAACAUUAGAAUUUACAUCAAGAGAUGCACAUCAUGGAACACACUCAAGAAGAGGAGAUUUAGAAACAUUAGGGUACAAUAUACUGCAAUGGUUAUGUGGUAAAUUACCUUGGGAAAAAGAAGAUGAUAAUGUAACAUCAACCAUGGAUCCAGAAGAAGUCCAUGCACAAAAAGAAAUUUUACUUUCUAAUUUAUCAUCAUUUAUGCAUAAAUGUUUUCCUUAUAAAAAAGAACCACCUGCUGCCAUUAUGGAGUACAUGAAAUAUAUUACUGAAUUGGGAUUUGAAACUAAACCUAACUAUUCCUAUCUACGUAGUUUAUUUCAGUCUGGUUCUAGGCAAAAAAAUGAUGUUCCUACAUGUUUACAUCCUUUAAAAGAAUCUAAUGAAAAUAUUUCUUAUCCCAUUUCUUUCAAACGACCAUAUUUACGAGAAAGAAAACCUUGUAGACCUGUUAAUGGCGAGAUUCGCAUAACGCGAAACACACAACCUAAAUACCCAGUCGAACGAAAAGAAUUUUGUUGGGAAGCAGUAUUAGCACUCCACCCUGAUAAAUUAGCAAAAAUUAGUCUACAGACUCCACCUUCACCACUUACACCACCUCCAUCUCCACCUCCUCCAUCCUUACCUACUUAUGCCAUGUUAAGUGUAAUUCAAAGAAUGAAAGAGAAACAAUCAAGCGCAUUUCGAAAAUCUUUACCAAAAUCAUUAGAAGAUCUUAAAACAAAAUGGAUGACACCAGCCAUGGAACAAAUAGCCCAAUUAAAAAAGAAAACUUCUUUGACAACGCUUUCUCUAGCGAAGACUUCUCCACGUGUGACACGAUCCCGAGGGGUUCAAUUAAAACGUCUUGGAAACAAAAAAUCUUAUAAACAAAUACAAAGCAGCAGAAGAAGAAAAGCUCCAUCUACAUAAGUAUGAUAAAUCUUACUAAAUAUUAUAUAUUUUCAUUCCUCGAAUGGAAUUACCAACGAUUUAUCUAAAUAAUGGAUGUAUAAUUAAGUAUUAUUUCCUAUUAGUUCAUUUAGAUUUUGUAAGAAUAUACUCUCGAUUAAACUCCUGUUUAAAGGACAAAAUUUCAUUUAUUAGGAACGCCUCAGGUGUCUUUAGAACAUCAAUUUUUGUAAGACUGUUUUACUAUCACAAUUUAUCAUUUAACAAAUUGUAUAAUUAAUAUAAGAGUUAUUUUAAAAAUUGAACACGUAAUUAUAAAUAGUUCAGUUAACAUUUAGAAAAAUUACAUUGCUUCCUUUUAAAAACAUAAUUUCAAUGCAACUGAAAAGAGACUUACUAAUAGAUACAGUAAUGAAAAAUUACUACUUUUGCAUACAUAAAGAAUACGCAAUUUAAUGUCAUAAUAAACAAAUGAUCUGAAUAUUAAAUCAAAGAUAUGUUUCUUGAACUUUUAAGAAUCGUUUAUUUAUUUUAUAAAAUGACUAAAAGCACAAUAUGCUAAAUAGAUAAUAUUUCACUAAAUUACUUUAUUAUAAUGAAGUAUAGUUUUUAAAGUGUUUAAUUUGUUUUUAUCGUCAUAAAUGAAUGAAAUCGAGUAAAAUAUUUUAUUCAAACAUUAAUAAUGAACUGUUUGAAUAUUGUAAUUAUUUUAUAACUAAAAAAUAUAGAAAUCGAUUUAUUAGUAAAAAUUAUGUAAAUGAUUUUUUUGAAGUAUCAGGACAUAUAUUCAAACUCUAAAUAUGUCUAUAACAUAAACAAAGUUGUAGUAUACUUUGAAAUAAUUAAAAGUAGCCAGAUGUAGGUAAAAAUAAUACACCUGUAAACUGUUAUUACUCAAUCUCACGAGAUCAGUAUUAAGCCAUUAAGUGCUUACAUAUGAUUAAAAUAUAACAGUUUACUUUUGUUAUUAUAGUUACAAUAUAUCAACAAGAAUGCGUGUGUAGCAUAAAUAAAAUGACUAAUAUUUUAAUUCGAUUUUAAAUUUUAUAUAUAACAUGUAACUAAAAAAUACACAUUUUAUGCUUCUAAUAUAUUGCAAUACAUCAUAUAAUAUUAUCUUAUGUUCUUUUAGUAUAAUUUAAUUUGUAUUAGAUUUAAUGUCUACAUAAUAUUGUUACGUGAAACAUAAUCGAUCAUUGUAUAUAUUUAGAUAUCAUAAGAGCCAUAUAUAGAUGGAAGCGACAAUUUAUUUACAGUAAAUUUGUGAUAACUAAUUUGUAUUUUUUUAAGUUACAUGUACCUGUGCCAGAUAAGCAGUGUUGUUAAAGACUUAAAAAUGUAUUGUAAUUAAAUAAAUACAUGUGCAUUUGUAAUCUUUUUUAUAAUACUAGUAUUUCAUCAUACUUUGAUUUAUCAUAUUUCAUUAAUAUAAGAUACCUGAUAUGAGCUUUUUUAUUUUCAUGAAUAUUCUUUUAAUUUAAUGAUAGAAUAUAUGAUUGAACAUUUAUUAUAUUAAGCAAACAAUACAUGUAUAUUUAUUAACAGCACUGCACAAGAUUCUUAAAGUAUUGUCAACAAAAUUAUUAGAAACAAUAUAAUAAAAUUUAAUUAUUAAUUUGUAUUACAUUCUAAUCAGAUUAUUAAUAUUAUAAAUGAAUAAUAAAUAAAUGGUGAAAAUAAUGCAUAUGUACCAGGUAUAG